AUGCUUGCAACACCCUUCCCUGCUCUGCCACGGGCCUAUCUCCCUUCGAGUGUUCCCUGGGAUAUCAGCCCCUGCUCUUCCCUGAGCAGGAAGAGGAGGUCGGCAUACCUUCUGUCCAGAUGUAUGUUCGCCUACUGGACCGGUCGGCACUCCUCAAGACCACCUCCAUGUAUCAACGACAAGCGGAUCGCCAUCGGACCCCGGCUCCCCGGCCCACCCCUCCUGGGGGUUCGACCAGGGGGCAGGGGUUUCCAGUACCUAGUUGACUGGGAGAGUUAUGGCCCGGAGGAGAGGUGCUGGGUCCCCGCUAGAGCCAUCCUGGACCCCAGCCCUCAUUGCAGACUUCCACCAAGCACCCCGGUCAACCAGUUUCUAAAAACAUAUAUAUUUAUUCAACAUGCUUUCCCUCCUCUCCCCACUCAACAGAAGUCUACUAGAACCAUGUGCUAUCAAAACUCCAUCCAGAGGGUAGAGAUGGGUGCUGCUUGUGCUCAACUCCUCUUCGCUGCCAUCUUCUGGUCAAUGCCUUACACUGGAGCUGCUGCUGUGCUGUCUCUGUCCAAAUCCAACCAGACAGACCUUCUCCAACUAACUAGGUCUGCCUUCGAGGCAGAGUCUGACUGGAGUAAUCGGAAUCUUACUAGCAUCGACAUGCCUCGUAGCCGAAGGAGGAGAGCCAUCUCCUCCAGAGAAAUGAAUGCCUUGUUGGAUUAUCACAACCGUGUCCGCUCCCAGGUCUUCCCUCAAGCUGCCAACAUGGAGAUCAUGGUGUGGGAUGGGAAACUGGCAAAAUCAGCAGAUUCCUGGGCUUCCCGCUGCAUAUGGGAUCAUGGACCCUCACAGACCAUGAGAUAUAUGGGCCAAAACCUGUCCAUCAACUCUGGCAGAUACCGAUCAGUCAUUGAGCUGGUGAGGUCCUGGCAGGAUGAGAAAAACUCAUUCUCCUACCCCAACACAUGCAGUGGACCAGUUUGUUCCCACUAUACACAGAUGGUAUGGGCCAAUACCAAUAGGAUGGGAUGUGCCAUCAACAAGUGCUCAAACAUGAACGUGUAUGGGAGCUCUUGGAGAACAGCAGUGUUCCUGGUUUGCAACUACUCUAUCAAAGGGAACUGGGUUGGAGAGGCUCCCUACAAGAGUGGCAAACCAUGCUCUGCUUGUCCAUCAAAAUAUGGAGGUUCGUGUAACAGAAACCAGUGUUCCUCCGCUGGUUCAAAAGUCAAAGCCAAAAAACGAAAAAGAUAUUAAAACAAGUUGGACGUCAGUCACAUUUUCCCUGUUUUAAUGGAAGACUUUAAAUGAUUAACUGUUUCUUGUUGAACCAUUCCAUUGAUCUCAUUAAAAAAACAACUUCAAGAGAAGAUGUGUGAGAUGCGAAGAAUUUCUAAAUAAUAAUAGUAAUUUAAAAAAACAAGAACUGGUUUUGCAAAGUUGGAAGUAACUAAAAAUGACAAAAAAGUUUCUGUGAUUAAAUUACAGUACCACUAUUUUUGUGUUUAUUAUUAACAAGUGUUUGAUGCACCACCCACUGGAUGUUUAGGCAAGCCCCCCUAAUUAUAAGCCUAAGGAACUUAAACUCUUGGGUUGCAAAGCUCCAUUUUGGGCCAGGACAUACAGAACCCAGCUACCUAAAACCACAAGGGAAUUAUGUUGCAUUCAUCUAAUUAUAUCCUUUAUUGAAAAUGUUGAGAAGAUGAGUUCAAUAUAUUUGUAGGGCUAUGCCAACGUGUUUGAUAAGUCCACAAACUGUUUGCACUGUUUUUGGUUGAUUAUUUGGCUCGAGUGACAUUUUGCGAAGCUAUUUGUAUUGAAAAUGAAGCACUUUUAUAGUUCACUGUUUUCUUUUUUUUUUAUUGUAUAAUACAUGUUUACUGUAAAUUUAGAGACAUAGAUCAUUUUUAUGAAUUGUUCUGUUGUAGACCAAUUAUCUUUUAUAACAUUGUAAUUCACUUAUUAGAGGUCACGAUUGGCCUGAAAAUGACAACACUGUCAAGCAUUCUUUGAAUAAAAAAGAAAGUGAGUUUA